AUGGCCACCACCGCCAUGGCGUCCUCUUUGAUCAGGUCAACUGGCGAUUGCAUCCCCGAGGAACCUAGCAUUUCUUCCGUUGCCCCCUCUCUCACCUACUCGGAAGAGUCAGAGGACCAAGACGAAGAGCCCCAGGCUGAGCCCCCACGCCGACGCCGCGCUUCCACGCGGCUCAUCGCACAGAGCCCUGCCGAUAUCCAACGCAUCACUGGUGAAUCGACAGCUCAAUUGAUCCAGAGAUGCUGCGGUGGCGGUUGCUGCAUGAAGCUGGGGGCCAAGAAGGAAGGCCUUGAGUACGAGAGCAUCCCCUUCCCCGACAACGAUGCGUACAAGUCGCUCGCUCUCAAGAUUGGCGAAAUCCCCACAAACCUCACCAACAUCGUCGACUUGCCCGAGCAAACCGUUUUCUUUGAGCCCGUACCUCGCUCCGCUGCCUCCGCUUCCUCCCCUACAGACUCUGCCAUUUCUCUCGGCGCCGACGCUCGUGGGAAUAAGGACGCCGGUCUCGCUACCGUCCAGAACCAACUCAAGAACUUCACCCACGACACCACCGACACCACCAAAGAGCCCCCCAGAUACGUGCAGCCUCACCCCCCGUACCAUGUGUACGCGGCCCGCAUCGACUCGACGCGAGAGUUGACGAAGCCCGGCGCCGAGAAGCGCACUUACCACUUCGACCUCGACAUCACAGGCUAUCCGGGCGAGGAAGAUAUGGACUUCAGAGUUGGUGGUGCCAUUGGAGUCAUGGCACCUAACGAUGCUGCCUGUGUUGAUGACGUUUUCGACGUGCUCAUGGUACCACGGUUCCUUCGGGACAAGCCGGUUCUCUUGAAGACCACAAAGGGUCGUUGGCCGACCGUGUGGGGCGACGACCAGGCCCGCGAGAUGGUCACCACACGCCGGGACCUGCUGACCUGGUGCUCCGACAUCCAGUCCUAUCCCCCGACCAAGCAGCUUCUGCGGAUCCUCGCCGAGUACGCAGACGAUCCCAAUGAGAAGAAGCUCCUGACGUUCCUUUGCUCCGCCGAAGGCCAGGGCGUCUUCUGUGACUUCCGCACCGGACCCCACGUUUCCUUGUCCCAGCUGCUGCACGCGUUCCCCAGCUCCCACCCGCCCUUGGAUAUGUUGCUGUCCGCUCUACAGACGCUGAUGCCCCGUUUCUAUUCUCUCUCAAAUGACCCCCACGACGCCUACAAGACGCGCGAUGGGAAGGUGCACCGUUUGAUCGAGAUCGCCGUCACAGUUCAUGAGACCGCCGACUGGCGCCGCGGUCUCCGCACCGGCAUCGGUUCUGGCUUCUUUGAGCGCCAGGCCCAAAAGUGGCUCGAGGCCAAAGGCAGGGGAGAGACCCCCGAGGUCUACAUCCCCAUGUUCAAGGGCCUCAUGGCCAACCCUCUCGCCAAGCAAUUUGUCUCGGAUGGCCCCAUGCUACUGAUUGGUGCUGGCGUCGGUAUUGCCCCUUUCAGAGGCUUCGUCCAGCGUCGCUUGAAGACGGCCAACUGCGCAAACAAGGUCUGGGUUCUACAGGGCAUCCGCGACUCGCUCGUCGACGAAAUUUACAGCGGCGAGUGGGGCGUGCACGAGGAUGAGGUCAAGCGUGUCGUACAAAGUCGUCGUGGGGAGAGUCGCUACGUCCAAGAGGAGGUGCGCAACCAAGCCGACCUCGUAUGGUACAUUUCCAACGCCGUCGAUGGUCGCGUCUUCGUCUGCGGGAGCACCAAGGGCAUGGGCGAGGGUGUUGAGGAGGCUCUCGUCGAUGUCGCCAUGGAGAAGGGCAAUCUCGAGCGCGAGGAGGCCAAGAAAUACUGGGAGCUCAAGAAGGAGGCCGGCCAGUAUAUCGCCGAGACGUGGUAA